CUGUUCGUGUGUGUUUGUUAUAAAACCAAUAGAACAUUGUUUUUCUGCAGCUUUUAGCAAGUUUAUAAAAUAGAUUAUGUCUGUGCCAUUUAGCGGCACAUUGCGCCGGUCAGGUGGUGUUGUCUCUGCCAUAGGCAAACAGCUAAAGAGCAUUAAUCUUAAAGGCGUCAAACGCAUCACAGUGCAGUUUGAUCCGUUUGCGGAAAAUGUUAAGGCCACACGUGAGUUUCUGUUUCUGCUCUCCACGCCAAAGGUGUCACUAACCAAUCCCAAGUGCAUUGUCAAGCCGGACAUUGUUUGCGACCGUUCGCCAGCGUUUGUUAAAUUUUCGCUUAUUGAAUCAGCACAAGAGCAAAUCAAAGCGAAGGAGAUACGCUUCAAUAGCGAAAACCUCAACACUUUGGAGUUAUUACAACUGUGCAACAAACACGUAUCCACAUUAGCGCCACCUGAGGAAAUCACCAACAAGGUCUUAACCAAGGCAGAAAAGCAGAAACUAGCUGGUGGUGCUGGUGGCAAAAAGCUGGCUAAGAAGAAGUAGACUUGACGGACUAUCAUCUGACA